GCGAAGCUGCCGUGACGAUCUCAUGGGCUCCGAUUUCUCCCUUGCCAGUUCUUAUAUCAUUGGGGCAAUUCCAUCUGUGCUCCUCUUCUUCUCCUUCCUUCAUCCAGUCCCGACCGCCUCACCCUCCUUUGCAUUCCUAUACACCCUUUAAUACCUGAUCACUCCACGCGGCACCGAGACCACCUCCCGCCAUGUCGUACUCGUGGGUCGGGGCGCCCACCGUCUUCAAUGGCACCAACACCAACCUGGGUGGAGAUUCCAAUGUCGAGAACUUGAACCAAUGGUUCCAAUCGGGUGAUCAGGCCUACAUCAUCGUGGCCUCGGCCAUGGUGUUGGUCAUGGUACCGGGUCUCGGCUUCCUCUACUCUGGUCUCGCGCGCAGGAAAUCUGCCCUCUCUCUGAUCUGGGCCUGCAUGUUCUCCAGCUCCGUCAUCACCUUCCAGUGGUAUUUCUGGGGUUAUUCGCUCGCCUUUAGCGCAAGCGGUACCAGCGGCUACAUUGGGGAUCUCCGCCAUUUUGGUCUCAUGAACACGCUUGGUGCUCCCAGCCCCGGCAGUCCACUGAUUCCAGAGCUCUUGUAUGCCUUCUACCAGAUGCAAUUCUGCGCCGUUACCGCUGCCAUUAUCGUCGGAUGCGUCGCCGAGCGCGGACGCCUGAUUCCCAUGAUGGUCUUCAUCUGGCUCUGGGCCACCAUCGUAUACUGCCCCAUUGCCUGCUGGGCGUGGAAUAUCAAUGGCUGGUUCUACAAGUGGGGUGGUCUGGACUACGCUGGAGGCGGCCCUGUCGAAAUCGGCUCUGGUCUGUCUGCCCUGGCCUACUCGUGGAUUCUUGGACGUCGUCAGGAGAAGAUGAUGCUCAACUUCCGCCCGCACAACGUUUCUCUCAUCACCCUCGGUACCGUUUUCCUGUGGUUCGGAUGGCUGGGCUUCAACGGAGGCUCUGCUUUUGGUGCCAACAUGCGUGCUACCAUGGCUUGCUGGAACAGCAACCUGACUGCCAUGUUCGCCGGAAUGACUUGGGUCCUCCUCGAUUGGCGCCUUGCUCGCAAGUGGUCUAUGGUCGGUUGGUGCUCAGGUGUCAUUUCCGGUCUGGUCGCCGCCACUCCUGCCUCUGGUUUCAUUCCUCCGUGGGCUAGCGUGGUUCUCGGUAUCACCACGGGCGUUGUGGCUAACUUUGCCACUAAGAUCAAGUUUUGGAUCAAGAUCGACGAUGCUCUCGACGUGUUCGCUGAGCACGGUGUCGCCGGCAUGGUCGGACUUCUCUUCAACGGCAUCUUCGGCACAGGCUACAUCAUUGGUCUCGACGGAGUCAACACGGGCCUAUUCCCCGGUGGCUGGAUCGAGCACGAGUGGAAGCAGCUGUAUAUCCAGUUUGCUUACAUUGUCGCCGCCAGUGCCUACGCCUUUGGCGUUAGCGCUCUUCUUGCUUUCCUCAUCGACAAGAUUCCCGGCCUCCAUCUCCGUGCUUCAGAAGAGGCUGAGCUCCUCGGAAUGGACGAUGACCAGCUCGGCGAGUUCGCUUACGAUUACGUCGAGGUCCGUCGUGACUAUCUUGCCUGGACGCCUGCUAAGAGCGAGCCGGCCAACACGGAGCACUCGAUUCCUCAGGGCGACCGACAUGGUAUCACGCAGCACAGCCAGAUGCUCGAGGGCAAGGAGCCAAGCGAGAGCAGCGCGGACCACGCCCACACCGGCAUUGGCGGUGACCGCCAUGCAAUUGCGGCCGGACAGGAGAAGGCCGAGCUUGAGGGUCAUCACUAGAAAGCCAACGUGGAUAGAGGUGGUGUGCUUUUCGCGGAGUCUUGUAUGAGCAUUUCUGGCCGGAGUUACGAGAUACCAAACAAAUGUGUCUGUCUUUUCCGGCGGCUGGCGGCGCAGCAGUAGAGCUGGCUUUUACCUUUUCCCCGAUUUCCCUUUUACACCCUGUACUGUACAUAUAAUUUGGAGAAUGAGACCUCGAUUUCGAGAUGACCCAGCUCUCAAACCUCCACGUUGAGCCUGUGAUC